AUGCCUUCAACUAAUGCUCGACCAUCAAGUAUACGUCCAUCGAGAAAUACGCAAAAUCGUGUAACGGCACAAAUUCUUCGAUCAGCAAGUGCACCUCAACGGCAAUUUAUCAUGAUUCUUACGAAUAAUCCUAUCUUGUUGCAAAAUACUCGUGCUUUUCAACCACCGGUUGCACAAUCAAGACAAGCUACGGUUCCAACUCAAAAUCAUGCAAAUCAUCAUCAUCAUCAUCAUCAGACUGUUAAUGUUCGUGAAGGAAUGCUUAAUGAUCUUCUACGAAUUGAAUUACGCGAAGCAGCUCGUGAUUAUCUUUCUAGAACUCGUCGAGAGUAUCCACUUCAUUAUGUAUUUGAUAUGUCUGAUAUUGAAAUACCACAACCACAUCCCUAA